AUGGCGAUGGUCAAUGCAUUUAUCGUCUAUCGAGAGUACAAGAAGCAGCGAGGCGAGCCAGCUCCAGACCAUGCUGAAUUCUUCCAGGAACUUCAGGCGCAGCUCCUACAAGUCACGAAUGCUGAUUUGGUCGAUGAGGUAUAUACUACAUGUGCUAUAUCAGACAUGUUUCCUCAGCCUCCGCCAUCAAACCCCAGGGGACAAGACCCAAGCCGUCACAAGCUUGUUGAGUUUCCAGAGUGGGUGCAGACCCGCGAGGGUGUGCGCAAGCGGCCGCGGCACCAAUGCAAGGUCUGCUCAAUUCGCAAGAAAAAAGUGGGUGAGCGCCCAGCAACACGCUUCUAUUGCGAAACAUGCAGUGAGGGCAAUAGACGUGUAUACCUUUGUGACCGCAUCUGCCCCGAACACUACCCCGGCAAUCGGCUGACAUGCCACCAAAUUUGGCACGAUAUGUGGAAGAACGGAGAGGAGCGGCCACCCCCUCGCGUCGGUCGGGACAUUCAAAUGCGCGCACUUGGAAAGAAACGCCGCGGCAGUCGCGUUCAAGACGCAGGCAGUGAGGAGGUGCCAGAGUAUGAGGAUGAGGCCAAGCAGGCGGAGCAGGAGAACGAGGAGGCCGAGCAGGAGGAAGAGGCUGAGGAGUAG